CAACGGUGCUAAACUUGUGCAAGUCGCAAUCAGUAUGACACAACUGGUUGUUUUAAGUUUGAUUAUAGUGAUUGUAUCAACCGCUCCACCGCCUUCAACUUUAACCUGUUCAAGGCAGGACCAAGAUCAAGCAUGUCACAUCGAAGGGCUUACACUCGACCCCAGCACCGUCUUUCCAGAAGAACCCAUCAUCCAUCUGGACAAUUGCACCGUUGAGGACUUUUCACCGCAACUGGCAGCCAACGUCCCAGACUCAACCAAGGAGCUUUCCAUCCUGGACGGUUUCGCCCCCAAGGUCUUCGUCAAGCCGACGCUCAAAUCUUUCACCGUUCUUCGAACGGACACGGCUGAUGUGCAGAUCAACCCAGAAGACAAUUUCAACCUUGAAGUGCUCGAUAUCGAAGGGCAUUUGCGAUCCGUUCCGGUCAAUGUCCACCGCCUGAAGGCAUUGGUUGUGCUGGAUUUGUGCGAAAACGAAAUCGAGCAGGUGGAUCUGAGCCAGCUAGAUGGAUUGAACUCGCUGAGGAAGGUGAACUUGGGCCACAAUAAUAUCCAUUCGGUUAGUUUGACGAAGGAACUGAACCUGCCGGGCCUGGAGGAGCUUUUCCUGCAUGGAAAUGACCUGACGACGUUGGAUCUGACCAAUUUGAAGGCGGAUAGUUUGCAGCGGUUGUACGUUUCUCAGAAUCAUCUGCUUCGGAUCGGGGGGUUCCCCGCUCCGGAGCACAACAAGCUGACACGGGUGGAUUUGUAUCUGAACAAGUGGAACUGUGAGUGGUUGGAAAGUACGCUGCGGGUUUUGAAUGGUAAUGGAGUGGAAACGUUGAGCUACUUGCCGGUGACGGUUUGCAACGAGAGUGGAAGCGUUAGGGUCGAUGCGAUUGGAUGCGAAUGAGAUAAAGCGAUAAGGUGGAUG